UGGUAAAUUAUGCUGACAUCAUUUUGAGCAUAAUAGGUACAUUCUUUUUAUCUCCUUAAUAAUUAUAGUGCUAAUAGAUAUAAAGUCAUGUGGCCACUAUUUAUAGUUUGAUGUUACUUGUGCAACAACAUGGGGUUUAUGUUGUGCUCGAUCUGGAGGAAUAACCUGGGAAUAAUAGGCUAUCACACCCCAACUCUAGCUACAUCUACUCCCCUUUGUGGUAAUCUAAUAUCACACCCCAACUCUAGAGCAUCUACUCCCUCUUGUGGUAUUUCUCAGUAUUGAGAUUCUACGGAAGCCCAUUAGGGCAAUUCAUUUCCUAGUUAGGAAGGUCAGAGGUCACCACUAACUCGGAAGUGAGGCCAUGUGGAAGUAACCGCGGCUUGGAAGUGAAGCCGAUUGGAACUUCUAAAUGAAGUUAUUAGCCGUGUUGUAGGUAUGAAUAAUAGUUGCUAGCAGUUGCCAUAGAGCUGUGAUUUACUUUAUUGCUAUCUAAGGUCUCUUUAGAAGCGAAACUUCCAAUUGGCUUUACAGGAGGUCAAAGUAGAUGGGCGUGGCCCGCCUCCAAAAGGGGAGACGGGUUGCAGCCCCAGACGGAGACGGGUUGCAGAGGAGGUGCGACACGGUCACGAGAUCCAUUUUAAUUAGUUUUGUUGCUCUGUUUUUACAUUGAAAACAUAUUGGAUUUGGCUCUUGUAUUACUUCAAUACCGUACAAAAUUAGCAGUUGAUAUUUGGUACCAAGCAAGUACUUCUACUAACAACACACUUGGAGAGAUUAACCCCAAAUAACCUCUGAAAUAAACAGUGCAAUGAACAGAACUAAACAGAAGAACUGGGAAUGGAAGUAGAUCUGACAGAAGUUGCAGUGCACAUACUGAUAGAGCUAGAGUGGAUUCUCCCAUAAGCAAACCUCCUCAGUCUGUGAUGACUCCUGUAAGGCCCAAUAAAAAGAGGAGAAUAAAGAGGAAGAGCAGGAAACCUGACCCUUGUCAGUCAACUACUACCACAACGCAAACAUCUAGAUCUAGCUCCUUAGUUGAUGACCUAAGGAAGAAGUUAACUUUUACCAUUGAUGUCGGAGUAAAAGUGAAUCACAAAUCACCGUGGACUGAAAGUGAGACGAAAGUCUUGGUUAACUAUUUACGGACAAGAGGGCACAGCAAUCAAUGGCCUACCACAAAAUCCCAAGAAUUUUGGAGAAUUGCAGCUGAUUUUGUUCAUGAUUGUAAUCCUGAUUCCAGUGAAAGAUCAGUAGGAAGUGCUUGCCGAAACAGAGUUUGGAAUUUGCUUCGCAAGAGGUACGAAUAUGAGGCCAAAUACAUCCGUGCUGUCUUAGGAUGGAGGCAAUCAUGUGACACAAGAGGACUGUCUCAAUUACAGCGAUGUAAGGGGAACUAUCAGAUGCUUAACCUCAUACUUGAAGAACUGAUGCCUUGGGCUAAUGAGUGUAACUACAACUACUCUCUUUUUGAAGUUAACAGGAGCGUAUCUGCAGUGUGUGGGUUCACAAGGGAAGUGCUAACAGCUCUGGUCGCGGACAUUGAGACACGUGAAUGGAGGCGAUGCUUGGAUCUUUCUCCUGAACAUCCUCGAGCAAGCACGACGGAUGACGUUGAAUGCUUUUUCAGCGUAAUGCGUGACAUGGUUGGCACUCAUUUUACUGUCAAAUAGGCCCAAUUUGCCUGGAGAAAAGUGUGCAUUGAGUUUGAAAAGCGGAUCGAUGACAACCUCCCAUUUUAGUAUUUCACAUCUGCUCACGACAGGUUUUACGAGGGAAAACGUGUUUCUUUUGACAAGCCAUCUAAAAAGAAGCGUCCCCCAAGACUGCCACGCUCUGAACAAUGUGCAGCUGCAAGUUUAGAUUCUGGAAGAUGUGAUUGGCCUGUGAAAGGAACACCAUUUCUACGGCCCAAAUUUCAUAAGCAUGCUGCAAAUGUACCACCUCCCUCUACAUCACAAAUCCAAACUGUUGAACAUUCAUAUUAAAAUUAUUUACAAAUUUAAGUUAUUAUGUAUCAGACAUUAUUAUGAAUUGGGACUGAUUGUUCAAUCUAAUGAUACAUGGUGUCGCAUUGA